AUGCCCGACACAUUCAAAGGCUGGGUUUCAACCUCGGCCAAAACACCUCUAACCUACACAACCUACACCCCCAAACCCUUCGAACCAACCGAUAUCGAAAUAACCAUUACCCACUGCGGAAUCUGCGGCACAGACAUCCACACCCUAUCCUCCGGCUGGGGCCCCACCGACUAUCCCUGCGUAGCAGGCCACGAAAUAAUCGGACUAGUACGACGCAUCGGCACCCAAGUGCCUACACACCCGACGAACCCCUCAAUCCGAGACAUCCAGAUCGGCGAGCGCGUCGGCAUCGGCGCGCAAAGCAGCAGCUGCCUCAAAGCGGACUGCGAAGCCUGCGCCGCCGGCCAAGAAAGCUACUGCGCGCGCAUGACGGGCACCUACAACGGGCGGUAUCUCGACAGCGCGCGCAGCAAGUCCUACGGCGGGUUCGGGGAGGCGUGGCGCGGGCCGGCGCAUUUCGUGUUCCGGAUCCCGGAUGCGCUGCCCAGCCAUCUGGCUGCGCCGUUGCUGUGUGCCGGCGUGACGGUUUAUGCGCCGUUGAGGAAGUACGGCGUUGGGCCUGGGAAGACGGUGGGCGUUAUUGGGAUUGGGGGGCUGGGGCAUUUGGGGAUUCAGUUUGCCAGGGCGCUUGGGGCGGACUCUGUUGUGGGCAUUUCGAGGUCGAGGUCUAAGAUGGUUGAGGCGGGGAAGUUGGGUGCCGGCGGGUUCAUUGCGACUGGGGAGGAGAAGGGGUGGGAGAGGGCUUGGUCGAGGAAGAUUGAUGUGUUGCUUUGUACGGUCUCGGCGCAUGAUAUGCCUUUGGCGGGGUAUUUGAGGCUGCUUAAGCGGGAUGGGGUUUUCGUGCAAGUUGGAGCUCCAGAGGAGGCUUUGCCGCCGCUUAUGGCUUGGUCGCUUAUUUCUAAGGGGGUUAAGGUUACUGGGUCGAAUAUUGGGUCGCCGGGUGAUGUUCGUGAUAUGUUGGCUUUGGCGGCGGCUAAGGGGGUUGUGCCUUGGGUUGAGAGAAGGCCUAUGAGGGAUGUUAAUCGGGCUUUGGAGGAUAUGCAUGAGGGGAAGGCGAGGUUUCGAUAUGUUUUGGAGAAUGGGGAGGUGGCGAAGUUAUAG